GAUCCCGCCCCACCCAACCCAGGCCACGCCCUGGCGUGUGACGUCAGCACGCCUCGUGCGUCGCGGCGCGGCGCUCACUGGGGGCCCGGCUUUCGCCCGCUGCUGCCGCCGCUGCCGCCGGCCGCGGCUGCUCUCCCAAGAUGGCGGCUCCUCCGGGCGAGUACUUCAGCGUUGGGAGCCAGGUGUCGUGCCGGACGUGCCAGGAGCAGCGGCUGCAGGGCGAGGUGGUAGCCUUCGACUACCAGUCCAAAAUGCUGGCUUUAAAAUGUCCCUCUUCCAGUGGAAAGCCCAACCACGCAGACAUCUUGCUCAUAAACUUACAGUAUGUUUCAGAAGUGGAAAUAAUUAAUGACCGAACAGAAACCCCUCCUCCCCUAGCUUCACUCAAUGUUAGUAAGCUUGCCAGCAAAGCACGGACAGAGAAGGAGGAGAAGCUGAGCCAGGCCUAUGCAAUCAGCGCUGGUGUCUCCCUAGAGGGCCAGCAGCUCUUCCAGACCAUACACAAGACCAUUAAAGACUGUAAAUGGCAAGAAAAAAACAUCGUAGUCAUGGAAGAAGUUGUUAUUACACCCCCAUAUCAAGUGGAAAACUGUAAAGGCAAAGAGGGGAGUGCACUGAGCCAUGUACGCAAAAUAGUUGAAAAACAUUUUAGAGACGUGGAAAGCCAAAAGAUACUGCAGCGUUCACAAGCCCAGCAACCACAGAAGGAGGCUGCCCUGUCAUCCUGAGUCCACACAUACGGAGGACUCUUCCAGCAUCCAGCCAAGGAGGCGAUGGUGGUGGCUUCAGCGGAGGCAGGCCGGGGGAGGGAAGGGAUUCUAUAUUUCCUGUUGGCUCUUGUUAACAAAGGGUCGGCAUUUCCAAACCUUAGACUUGAACAAAGAAAACACCCAACAAAAAAGAACAAGAGAAUAAUUUAAAAGUUGAAUCAUUACUUGA